AUGCUUGGAACAGAGGUGAUUGAUUUCCAUAAUCAUUUACCACCUUAUCGGUCUUUGCUCAACCCCAAUGCUAGGUAUGACUAUCGUACCCAUACAUUGAUUCCAUUGACUCAAAAUGACUUAAACUUUUUACAAUCAUUUUUCAGAAGUGGUGGUGGGGGUAGACCAACCCCAACUUUUUGGCAGUCACGCUCUUCGAAUGGUGGAAGUGGUAAUAGAAGUGGUAACAACAAUAACAGAAUGCCCACUAGAAGUCGAAAUACAGUUGCACCUGCGUCUGCAUCAAACGACCAAGAUUCUUUUAUAGUUGUUGGUCCUCACCCAUCAACGUCCACUUCACAAGUCAACAAUAGCGAAUUAUCCGAAUCGUAUCUCGAGAACUCAAUUGCAUUGACAGAUCGUGCCGGUUCGCAGUUUCUGCCACCUCCUUCUGCAUCGUCGACAUCGUCGACAUCGUCAAACUUAUCCAUAACUUCAAGUCUGUACUUGCCACACGCAAAACAUCACAACAAUCAAGAUGGGUCAACAUCAUCGCCUUUCAGGAUGAAAUACAGGUCAUUACUCAAUGACGUUGGAAGGAGCAUUUCAAUGAAAUUAAGUAGCAAUAACUUACUUGGUAAUUCAAGCGAGAGCCACCACAACAAUAGUGACAACAACAACAACAACAACAACAACAACAACAACAACAACAACAACAACGCCAGUGGUACUGGCUUCAUUUCUUCGAGAUCAAGUACCUUACUUUCCUCCACUGUCAGGAAGAGAUCUCAGCCAGUCAUCUCCAACAUUAACCAAAUGCCAGAAGAAAUAUUGGAUUACAUCUUUUACCUAGUCAAUGACAAAUCCUCGUAUUCCAAUUGUCUCCACACUUGCAAGCUUUUUUAUCACAUGUCAAAGCCUUACUUUUAUGAAAACUUGACGUUUACUUCUACCUACCGGUUUGCCCAAUUUGUAUCGUAUCUUCGAUUAAAUGCUAGUGUGGGCCGCUAUGUGAAAACAAUUGAUUUGUCUGGUAUCAAACCUGGGUUCGAUGAGGAAACAGAAGAAGAUAACGAUCAAGAGGAAGAGGUGGCGGAGGUUGUAAAUGAAGAUGGUGGGGCUAUGCCCAUUAGCAGUCGAGAGUUGUCGCAGCUUUCCAAAAAGAAAGCUUUAGCCGGAUGGAGGGACUGGAAGUUUAAGAAUAACCCAUUGUACACCGUCCACCCUUAUCCAAGCGGACAUUUGACUAAAAUUGCGUCAAACUCCCAAUUCCUGUUAUCAUCGAAUAGGUCAAAUUCUUCACAAAAGUCGUCGUCAUCGAAAAGAUUUACCAAACCGUUCAAGUAUUUCAAAACAAGAAAGAGAAGCAGAUCAUUUAGUGGCAAUAUCAACUCACGCAAGUCGCCCAAGUUGGAAACAUUGAAUUUGAAUAACAAUCGCCAGGACGGAAGCACUUCCAUGACCGCAAAUCCUCACCCGCUAAUCAACAAGUUCUUAAUCAACUACUCAACAUCAAAAGAUGUUCCCAUAGGUUAUGUGUUGCACUUGAUUAAUUUAUGUCCAAAUGUCAGGUGUUUGAAUUUAGGAGAAUUGUCAUUAUCCACAGAUUAUGAAAUUCUGAGAUCUUCAAUGUGCAAGUAUCAAACAUUUGACUUGAUGAACAACUACCCAAAAGACUUGCUUCAUAGAAUUGACAAUAUCAUGAGGAGUGACGAUUCCGGUUACUUGUCAUCGCUUGAAGCUUCGUUGUUACAUAACCUUCACUCUGAGAAUAGAUUUUCAUUGAAUUUGUUCAAAUCAAGUCAAGCAAAUGCUUCCACCGCUUCGUCUGUGUAUUCUGUCAGCACUUUCUCCAAACCAAUUCGCAAAUACAAUAGCUUGUUGCCGCCACUCCCUCCAACUUUGGCCGAUAUAUCUUAUGUGAAAAAGGGCGAUCGCAAAGUUUACCUUUCCGAUUUGAAUUUGAAGUCUAUAAAUAACGCGUAUUUGAGGAAAAUCGACGAAAAAGAGGUCUUGCUGGCCAUCUCGAAAGUGCACGGCAGACAAGUGCACUCAUCAAAAUUACAACAAAUGGCCGAUCCGACAGUAGAGGAUAUUGCAAGGAAUUUAUGCUACAUCAACUUAUCUUCCAUGAUUUGGUUGAAUCGCGAUAUAACUGAAAAGUUUUUGAAGAAGUUGUUGGUGAAAAGAUCGUUCGAAUUGGUUGCAUAUGGAUACUAUGAUGGAGCAGAUGAUGCUUUCGACAAUGACAGCAAUAUCGACUUCGAUUCUGAUUUGGAGUCGUUUGAUUACCAACGCAAUCCGAUGAUGUAUAAGCAGGACUUGGUAAUCGACCUCUCAAACUCAGGUAUGUACAAGAAUUUACCUUGGGCCAAGAGAAUUGAUUUGAAUACUACAGAAGGAUGUAAAUUGGUCGAUAAAAUUAUUCGCAAUGAAUUGCUAUCACCACAAGAGGAGGCAAUGAGAAGAGAAAGAUUGAGAAGAGGUCGGAUUGGAGAAAAUUAUCUAGCUUAG